CUAAUUUAUUUCACUUAAACUUGAAGCCAUUAUAGGUAAAUAUGAGAGAAAAUAAUUCAAAAAUCUAUGUAUUGGAACAAAAAUCGAAAAGUACAUUUCUCAAUGACACAUAAAUAAAAACUCAUUAAAGCAAAAUAAUAAUCGAUAAAUUACACCGAAAACAAUUACUCAUAAUAUGUAAUUAGGAACGGAACGGUUCGUUCGUAAUUAUCAUUUUCACUAAUUCCACAGUUCUAAUUACGCAAGGCAAACAACUAAAAAGAGAACCGCGACCGGGUAAACUAGUACGAGAGCGACGACCGAAAAAGCUAGUCGAGGAGAAUCGCAAUUCAAUUAACUUUAAUUAGUUUUCAGCUUUGAGAGGGGCGAAAUUUAAUCGAUAAAGUUGUUUGGCUUGGCGCUGUGGAACAACGAAAUUAUUUCGGUGCAGAAUUACUUGAUUAUAACCUCGAAAUUAUUGUAUUAUUAUGGACAAUAAGCGGCUGGUGGAAUUGGUGCGGCAAACGCCGCAAAUCUGGGACAGAAAUCGGCCGGAAUUUAAAGACCGGAAUGCCAAGGAACGGGCUUGGGUCGAUGUGGCCGCUCAAAUCGGAGCCCCAGUGUCCAUCUGCAAAGACACCUUCAAAUCCCUGCGCGAAAAGUACCUCAGAGAACGUGAAAAAGCCCAAAACCAGUCGAUCGCGUGGGAAUUCGUGGACCACCUGAAAUUCCUGGACCCCCACAUCGUACCCAGAGCCAGUAUGUGGAACGGAAACGCCCUCAGCGAAGACGAACAAUCCAUAAUGUCCGAUUCGGACCCUACAGAUUUCGACAAGCACUUGAUCGAGAUGGUCAAAAAAGCUUCACCAAUUUGGGACAGAAAUUCGAACAGUUACCCGAGCAAAACUUCUAAAAAUCAACUAUGGGAAGAUAUCGCUUCAAGUUUGCACAAAGACAUUAAUUCCUGUAUGUUACGGUGGAAAGCUCUUAGAGAAAAAUACAUCAGACAAAAGGCCAAGUUUCAAGAAGGCGAAUCUAAAUGGGAACUUUUGGAUGAUUUAAGUUUUCUGGAUAAUGUUAUACAAUAUAGACGGAAACAAAACGAAAUAUAUUCUGGCGAUUCCAUGCCAGGCUUUAGCCGAUAUAAUAACAAUUAUAGAAAUCCAGAUUACAUAAAAUGCAAUGAAUCUUUAGAGGAUCACUCUUACACCGAUUCUUCAAAUGAUUUUCUGGCUAUCGUCAAAGAAGAAAAUACCGUACAGCAAAUGGCCGACAGUUCGUUUCCCAGUCCGAAUUAUAAUAAAAGAUUUAGGCAAAAUUCUGUGAGCAGCUAUGGCGAAGAGAAAAAACUUAAACCGGAAGAGAGCGAGACGAAGGAUAAAACUCCUGAGCAAUUGUUUGGGGAUCUGGUUGCCAGUUUGUUAGCGAAAAAACCUGAAAGUCAGAGAAAUUUGUAUAUGAUUGAGAUAAUGACUGUGCUUUCCAAAUAAUUAAAGAAUUAUUUUUAAUUUG